UAAUUUUCACAUUAUCAUUCCAUCUUCUCUGCAAGAACUAAACGUGAAAUUGUAAGAAAAAAUUGGAAUCAUGUCCAAGUUUUUGGUCGUUUUGGGUCUGGUCGCUCUUUUGGGACAAGCCAGUUUCGCCGCUUUGUUCUCAAAGCCCGAAGCCUUGGAAGAUAUCGAGUGGACGAAGGCCAUCAACGCCAAACUUUGUGAGGCUGGAACCCAUCCCGAUUCCGUCGCGAAGGAUUUCUACGCCUGCUACGAUGAAAAAAUUGUUCCGGGCGCCGAGGCCUUCAUCAAAUGUCAAAAGGACGUUUACAAAGUGCAGAUGGACAGUGAGAAGAAUGUCGACACAGUUUGCAACGCAGGUCCCCUCGCAUUCCCACUGUACGCUGGCUGUCUGGUCACUAACCUGCUAGCUGAUGGCAAAUUGCCAUCCACGUCCAUGCACAAGCUGAACGAAUGUCAAGGGAAGGUCAUGGGAGUUUCUGCACCACAAUAAAUACGUAUCAAGGUUGAACAGAUAUGAAAUUGUGAAUAAAUCCGCCUCAUUUUACAGCAUUACUGAAAU